CUGCAGUGUUGAGUUUCUCUGUCCUCGAUCUCCUGCAGAGAGAUAAUAUCUGAAGAGAAGAGACACUAAUAUAUAAAAAAAAGAGGACAGGACACUCGUGCAGAUUGUGUCUCAGGUUACCUUCUCUAAACAAGACUCCAACUGACUCCAGGUCAGCAGCUUGAGGGAAACUCCCACUAAAGCCGCCGUGGUCUCCGGGCUCACCCUCGACCCUCUUCGGACCUGGUCUUGAUGUGGACUGGCCUCGUCUGCGAUGGCGGGAUCUGGUGUUGCUCUGAGGCUGCAUGAGUUCAGAGAGCCUCAGUACUCCAGACAGCUCGAUGGACCGACCACGUUGAUACCGAAAUCGUCUCGCCUGGGGAGAGAUGUGCAUGGAUUAUAUCCAGGACAGCUGGGUAGAGUCCAUAUCGUCCACUUAAAAGAUUGCUACAGUGUUCAACGUGGACGCUCUCAGUCCCUCAACGAGUCUCUUCAGUCUCCAAUCGCUCCGGGUCAAAACUACCAGCAGAGUUUUGACAUUCGUACCCUGAGAGCGCUGGCUGUCCUCCGUCACCGCCCUGCUGUCCUGGAACAGCGCCCCCCUCAGACAGCCUACCAGGACCAGUUUCAGUCUCCUCUCUUCCCGCAGUAGUUUAGCACAAUGUGCUUUCAAUGGAAACAGAUGUGGAUGGAAAAAUGUUAUUCACACCAAUAAAACACAGAAUUCAUUCAAUGAGGUUUCCAAUGUUCAGUGGAGGAAGAAGUAUUCAGAUAUUUUACUUCAGUAAAAGUAGUGGUACCACAGUGUAGAAAGGCUAUUUUACAAGCAAGAGUUCUCUGCAUUCAAAACUUUACUUGAGUAAAAGUACAUAAGUAAUAGCAUCAAUAUACUUAAUGUACUUUAAGGGCCAGCUCGUUAUGCAGAAUGGCACAUUUUAGGAUAAUAAAUAUUAUAUUAUUGGGUUAUAAAUAUUGAUGCAAAU